GUGUGCGCCGAGCGAUACAUCUGCUCCGACUGGCGCGACCGCGGCGCCUGUUUCUCAGUCCAUCCUGCACGGCAGACUGCCCAAAUCCAGAAUCUGAGCCAAAAGACCGAGUCGCAGAGGAAACAGCUCUCCAACAAGAUCCGCCAGGCACUAAGGAUUCAGCGAGGGUGCCUCGCGCUCUACGAAGAGGCCAAGAAGCUAGCGGAUUGUCACACGGUGCUCGAGCAGCCCUGGAGCAGCCGGAGAUGGUCCAGGUCACCCUCCAUCAAGAAGAUGGGAUCCGAGAUGAGCGAGACCAUCAUCCAUGGCUGUGCCUACGGACUUCGAGAUGAACGGACUGGCCCACUCAUCAAGAAGGCCUGGCGCGUCUGCUCGACGGACCCCGAGUUCGGCAUGAAGGUUGGCCGCGCGUGCUCCAACCGCCCCGGACGAGGAGAUAACCAUCUUCAUCGAGCAAUCGAGGAUGGGCACUUGGUGGCGCAAACCGCUUACUACCCUCCUGCCAUCUGCAAGUCCUGGGCCAAGCACAUCAUGAAGAAGAACGCCACGGUUAAAUACGGCAAGGAGAUCUUCGCAGGUCUGGAGCAGAUUCCAGAGGAGGACGACGUCAACAUGCUAGAUGACGAGGAGGAGUUGCCGAAGGACGAGGACAUCGAGAUGGAGACCGUGGAGACUUCCAGCAAGGGCAUGGGGAUAAAGACUGAGCUGACCAAGAAGGGUUCGGGCAUCACCAGCGCGAAGUACCACGGGCAGAAGGGCGAGCGCAGCAGCAACCGCACGGCCACAGAGGUCGAGCGCCGCAUCCAGCUCUUCAAGAGGCUUAUGACGAAGCUGGCCACCCUCGACCCCGAUUGCGAGAUUCAGGAGCAGCGGCGACUGCUUGCCCGCAAGAGCUACCUGGAGCGCGAGUGCGCUGAGCGACUUCGACAUGCUGAACAAGCCCGGAACCGCGUGUACCAGACAUGGGAGGCCGGCGACCUCGUGCACUUCUGGCGAGAGGGGAAGGGCCGCGAGAAUAGGCCCGGCAAGAAAGGAGGCUGGCAUGGUCCUGCGAGGGUGCUCAUCCUGGAGAAGAGGCACAUCGACGGCCGCGCCCGUACUACGUCAGUCGUCUGGAUCGCUCACGGGAACACGCUCCUCAGAUAUGCGCCAGAGCAACUUCGACCAGCUUCGGAGGCCGAGAAGAGGAUCACCGACUUGCAGAAGCAGGCCAACCUCGGGAAGACCAUGACCGAGAUUCUCGAGACCGCCAAGUUUGGUACCUACGAGGUGAACUACCCGAAGAUCCUCCUCUACCUGACCACGGGGACACGGAUGUCACCAGCAGCCCAGCACAACCAGCUCCCCCUGAACCUGCUCGUCCUGCUGAGGAACCUGGAGCCGCCGCAGGAUCGCCACCAUCAGGAAAAACGACAGAAGGGCAACGACGGGACGGACGACAAGGAUGUCCUGGUCAACCUGCUCCACGACGACCUGGAAAUCACCCUGGGGGCCGACGAGCACCAGACCGUCUACUUCGAGUGCGUGAGGAACAACACAAGGCGGGAGACAGCCGACAGGGAUCUUACAUCCCAUAUCCUCAUCAGCUUCGUUGCUAACCAACGCCGCAAGGACAAGGUGGAGCUCACCUGGUCCAAGAUGAAUGCGACCGAGCACAAGGAGUUCGAGGAGGGUAUCGCCAAGGAGACGAACAACUGGGUGCAACACCAGGGGCUACGACCAGUACCUGCAUCACAAGUGAAGGACACCGCGGACAUCAUCAGGGCGCGCUGGCUUUUCACCCGCAAGGCCGACGGUCGUGCGAAGGCCCGUCUCGUCUUUCUAGGCUACCAGACCAAGGACCUCGGCACGGAACCGACCGCGAGCCCGACGGCAUCCCGAAGGGCACGCAACGCGAUGCUCACAAUCGCCGCCGCCAAUCACUGGAAGCUGAUCAAGGUCGACGUCACCUCGGCGCUCCCGCAGGCCAACGAGCUCGAGAAGGACCUCUUCAUCGAACCCGACAACGUGCUCAAGAAGGCAUUCAACGUGAAGGACGGUUAG